AAGCAUCUCGCCAGGAUGGGCAAGAGGAAUGGACAGGCCCGGCUAACCGGCCCUCCCAUAGUUGCCCUUGCUGACUCAGCGCAACCUGUUGUGCUCUCCCCUUGUCAUCUGGCCAGGCCAGGCUAUAUAAUGCGGCCGGGACCUCCAGCCCCACUAUCUGCAAUCUUUGCCCUUGUCUGCUCCGCCAACGCCAAAGAUCUGCCAAUGACCAGCCACAUGGAGAGCAUGGGGCAAUUCAAGAUCAUUGUCUGGGAAGAAGAAAAUUUCCAGGGGAAGCGUUCUGAAUUCCUGAUGGAAUGUCCCAAUGUCAUGGAACGUGGUUUCCGCAAGAUUCGCUCCAUCAAAGUGGAAAAUGGCCCCUGGAUAGGCUUUGAGUAUCCUGAAUAUCAAGGACAGCAAUUUAUUUUGGAGAAAGGAGAAUAUCCUCACUGGGAGGCCUGGAGUGGAAACAGUGCUUACAGGACCGAGCAUCUACUCUCCUUCCGGACUAUCAGAUGUGCUAAUCAUAGUGACAGCAGAGUGACCCUAUAUGAGUCAGAGAACUUCCAAGGAUACAAGUUUGAGCUGACUGAUGACUAUCCAUCGUUGCAAGCCAUGGGAUGGAGCAGCAAGGAAGUAUCCUCCAUCAGGGUUCUCUCUGGAGCGUGGGUGGCAUAUCAAUAUCCAGGCUACCGAGGCUACCAAUAUAUCCUGGAGCGGGACCGACAGAGUGGUGAAUAUCGGAAGUACACCGACUACAGCAGCCAAGCCCAUAGCAGCCAGAUCCAGUCCAUCCGCCGUGUCCAACAUUGAACCAGGUCUUAACAGCAGAAACAGUAGUAUUAUAUUUCCUGUGCAACCCCCACCCUCACUUUAGCCAAGUAGUAGACCUGCACCCAGUAGCUAAUAAAGGCAUUUACCAAACUC